CGCGCGCGCAGCAAACUUUAAUCCGCUCGAUUAUUGUCGCUGAAAAAUAAGGCUCGUCUGCAUCUCACACUCUUCUCGAAGAAAAAGAACAACUGCGAUAUGCGAGCGGUUUGCAGAUGAGCCUUGAAGCGUCUGAGAGGCAGACAAACUGCUUGCAGGGUGACGUAAAUGACGCAAAAUUAUGGUACAGUGAUUUGGAUCGAAUUAAACGUUGAUCAACAGCAUAUUCUUGACUAAGAGGAUGCCAAGCUUACGGAAAAGGGUUGCUGGUUUCAUGCGUCAGCUGUCUGUCAGUAACCUUGCUGCUGCUGUUGAGAAUAUUGGACAUGGAGAAUCUUCACCACGCAGUCCUAGGAGUGCUCCGCAGGACCUUGAAGGCGGAUGUUUCAUCACUCGUUACUUGAAUGGAUUAGAGAUUAAGACGGAAGGUCCAGCAAUAUUACACGGACGCAACCCUGAGGAACUGCCAUCAUAUCCGUUGUGUUCAUUAGACGAUACCGAGGAAGUAUUUGCAGCUCUAACAGGUCCAGAUCUUGGUCUUACCACGGUGAAUGUGAAACAAAGACAUCUGAGUAUCAGCGAUCCCGACGUUGACUACAUAGAUAUAUUGGAACAAUCAGAACAUGAAAGAGCCGUGAACACAUCAUUGGACUGUAUAUUCUCCGUGGCUCACGAUCGAUGGCUCAUGAUUCGACCGAGCGGUUCGCCGCCGUGCCCUAUCGACAACAGUUCCAUCAAAAUUCGAGCAGCUGGAAAAUUAUAUAAUCCAGACUCAAAAUAUUCUCACGAAAACUUGUUGGAUAGUUUCGAAACCAACUGCAACCAACAACAGACUAUUCCAUCAGCUGCUGUUAUUGGGGAAUCCAACGCCAGAGCACAAAUGAAAUUUAUGGAUGAAUUGGUGACCGAAGUUACCGUAAUGGAAACUCUCAAUGCCAAAGAGGAAGACACGAUCAACUAUGAUGCCAAAAUCAAAGAGAAAUUGGAUAAUUUUCAAUUUAGUUUAACGCCAAAAGAACAUUUUACAUUCGAAACAAGGAACUUGAUCCCAGAAGGACCAUUCCCUAUUACCGAAGCUGAAAAUGUCGGCUUUGAUGAUAGUAUUAAUGAUAAUAGGGUGCGGUUUAACAUGGAGAAUACAGGCAACGAUAUGUCGGGUGGUCUUGAAGCAGGGGAGUAUAGAAACGACAUCAUACCACCGCCAUCAGAAUUUGCAUCUGAGAUGAAUCCGCUUAGAAAAUCUAAGAGUGCUCCAGCUCCGUUCGAAAAGGUCAAGAAAGGCUCCACAUCUGAUGGUGAAAUAGCUUGUGUCUCCGAUUGGUUCAGACCUCAUGAGUUAGCUUAUGGAGUCGCUACCACGUUGUAUGAAAAAAAUCCAACUAAUAAUGUGAAUAACGGAGAACCGAUAGCUGAUUGCUUUGGUAUAUCCGCCAGACCAGGAGCAGCUAUCUUGGCUCUGGCCGAUGGCGUGAACUGGGGUCCUAAGGCGAGCAUUGCUGCUCGGGCAGCUGUUCAUGGAAGCAUAGAAUAUUUGAACAAGGCCCUCUUUUCACCAGCAACAGAUAGCGGAGUAACCACAACUCGAGAUGUGUUCGUUGCAUUGCUCCGUUCCUUUCAUUCCGCGCAUUCCUUGAUUCUGCAAGAACAAGGAAUGCUUACAACUCUCACCGUUUGUGCUGUCCUGCCUUUAGCUCCCGCUAACUCAGCUUUGGGCUCCAGUAGAAGAAAAUAUGUCGCUUGUACAUGUAAUGUUGGCGAUAGUUUGGCAUAUGUCUAUUCCAGACAAACAGGCGUGCGUGAGAUCACGCAAGGUUCCCAUGAUAUUCACUGUAUGCGGGACAUGCGAGAUGCUCUGGGAGCCUUAGGUCCGGUGGAUGGCUGCAAUCCGGAGCUGAAUAACCUUACCUUGUCAAUGACAGAAGUGGAGCGAGGAGAUAUAGUAUUUUUGACAAGUGACGGGAUAUCCGAUAAUUUUGACCCAGUUGUGGGAAAGUUUGCUGUAUUACCGACAAAUGACACACCAAAUUCUGAUAAAAAUGUCAAGCAUGACAGCCACGGUAGAACAAGAACACGACGUAAGUCAACGGAAAAUUUAAGGAGAUCUGAUUCCAUUAGUGGUAAUAACGUUGGAUUACCCAUAGUCGAAGCUUACCAGAGGCAUGAAUUAACGCUUCUGAGAAUGGAAGAUUUGUUAAAGCGAGGGGUAUCCGGAGAAGGACCUCCAUGCAACAACGCCAGACGUCUAUGUGAACUUCUCCUUGACUUUGCAGUGAGAAUCACAGCCGCAAAACGUCGAAUUUUGGAAGAUCCGGAUCUGUAUUAUUCACAGCAGAAGGACGGUCGCAUGGUGCAGCUUUCAAAGUUAGAGCAGAGAAAUCGACGUAAAAAAAUGUUGGAUAAAAUCUCAAUGGUACCAGGAAAACUAGACCAUGCCACCGUCGUGGCAUACACAGUUGGCCAGUACACUGGAUCUCAACCGGGACUUUAGUUAUUCAGAAAAUGAUCUAUAUAGUGUACGAAUAGGAGUUGUUUCUUUUAUAAAAACAUAAUUAUCUGUACACUGUGAUGAACUAAGUAACGGCCAUAUACCAUGUAUAAUUAUUUGUAUAUAGUAUUAUGUACUAGAGGUAGCUAAAAUUAUUACUUAAGUUAAGAAAACUAUACACAGGACGUUAGUCGACGUUACAAUUCCGCUGUACAGUAUUACUGUGUGAAUUAUCUUUACCUCGAAGAAUUUUAUACAAGCAAGACACGUCAAA